UUGCUAGUAAUGGCCGAAGCACCGACGACGGGUGGCGAGGUCCUGACUCCAAACGAUGCCGUCAAAGUACUGGAGGAGCUACUCCCAGCACAGAACGAGUCCUACGAACUGGGACUGAGGCUGAAUCUAAAGCCACACGAUGUAAAGAGCAUCCACGCAACCGUUUCCGAGCCGCGCAAACGCCUUCUUCAGAUCGUGUUGGAGUUCCUGAACCAAGUAGAGCCGAGACCAACCUGGAGAGUCAUUGUAGAUGCCCUCAAAAGUCCUGCAGUCAAUCUUCCUCAGCUAGCAAUGGCUGUGGAGGCAGCUCACUUUCCUGACACUACACCAGCGGUCGUACCUGAAACCAGUGGUUCUGGAGCCUCACCACUCACUGAAGUCGACUCUCAACCAGACCUGCCACAACCAACAACUGGGGAUACCGUGACUGAGCUCCAGCAUCGACCAGAGUCACCUCAGCCUAGUCCAAUGACCACUCAGUAUGUCCAGGCCAAGAUUAGAAGGUUUGAGAAGAGGUUCAAUGACCUGAAGAAGGCUGCCAGGGGGUGCCUCGAGAAACGCAAGAUUUCAGUCAAGCAAGUAGUUGACGCUCUUACGUCAAUGUCUCCAGAUGAUAACGAUGAACAUAGACAGUUUCUGAAACAAAAUCUAAGUGAUCUCUAUCAGUCAACAGAUAUCCCGGAGCUGAUUGGAAAGCUGAGUGUCCUUCACUGGGACUACCUGUCCUACCAGUUGCUUGACUACCUCAUCAAGGAGUUUGGUUUAGAGGUGGGGACGGAGAUGGAGGCCUACAAGCUAGAUCUGCAGAGAUUCCGCCAGAAGACACCACUAGCUCUGUUCUGCCAGUGCCAGAAGAGGAGGAGAAGGAAGCCGUCUGAGGAAUUCAAGGAAAUUGUCGCAGAGUUUGACUGGCCGCACGAAGUUACACUGGAAGUUGUGGAGCAGUUUCGACAAGAGUAUGCCUAUCACUACAAGCUUCGAGACUGUGCCAUGCUGUUGGCUAAAGUCCUUCCAGGCUCCUUCAUCAUCACCUGGUUCAUACCAGAGUCCAUUGUCAAGAAACUGAGAGAAGACAUCCCUCACCGCAUCCUCAAGAAGUACACUGCCGUUAGCCUUCAAAUUGCUGGAGUCAAGGUUUAUCCACCUCCUCAGAAGUCAGCAGCAGUCUCGUCACUUGGUGCAGGACCUUCAGCUGGUGGUGUUGCUGAGAAAUCACCUACUCAACCCAAAGCAAAAAAACCACGUCUCUCACCAGAAGAGGAUUACCCAUUCGUUGAGAAGCCAUCAGAGGAUUUCUUCUGUCCAGUGACGUUGGGUCUACUGCUCCAGCCUCACCUCAUGUCCUGCUGUGGUAAAUAUCUCUCAGAGGAGUCUGCCACCAGAAUACAGGGAGAGGGAGGACCAUGUCCACUCUGCAAGGCUCCUGACUGGAGUACUCUGUUGGACAAACACGUCCGUCGACAAGUCAAGGAGCUCCAUGUGUUCUGUCGUCACAAGGAGAAAGGCUGUUGGUGGAAAGGAGAGUUGUCUGACUUUACACAACAUGUCCAGUCUUGCCAGUUCAGAUAUACACAAGUCUCAACCAAGGGAAGAACAGAUCUCCACGAUGCUGCUGAGAGAGGAGAUGUGAAGGCAGUUGAGAGACUCCUCUCCACUUCUGUCAAUAUCAACUCCAGGACAGAGGAUGAAGGAGACACUGCUCUACUGUUAGCCUCUUGGAAAGGCCAUGUUGAGGUUGUACGUCUGUUGCUCAAGGCUGGGGCUGCAGUCUUCAUUCCGGACAAGGAUGGUCUCAGUCCACUCUAUGUUGCCAGUCAGGAGGGACACUCUCAGGUGGUGGAUGUUCUGGUGAAAGCAGGAGCUGAUGUACAUCAGGCAACAACCAAGGAAAAAUGCAGUGUUCCUCUUGGGAUAGCUGCCAAGAAUGGACAUACUGAGACAGUUCAGAGACUGUUGGAGGCAGGAGCCAACGUCAACCACCAGAACAAGAAUGGCGAUACUCCAGUCAACAUUGCCUCCUGGAAGGGUCAUACAGCUGUAGUUAAACUGCUGAUAGAGAAUGGAGCUGACAUCAGUAUCUGUGAUAAGGAUGGUCUCAGUCCACUCUAUGCUGCCAGUCAUGAAGGACACUCUGAUGUAGUGGACAUUCUGCUAGAGGCUGGUGCUGAUGUCCACCAGGCCACCACCAAGGUAUGAUACACGGUUGUUCUAGAGCUAGUCAUCUCAUUUGUCCACCAACCAUGGUGGCAGUGAUGUAGCCAAGAGCUCUGACUAGACCUCAACACUGAGAUUGGUAUGUA